AUGCUGGGUUCAACAAAAUCGGAGGACGCGACCCACUUCGCCACAGACGGUCCCGCGCCUCGCCGCUAUGACGGGCACACGCCCCGCACCGUCCGCUGUGUGCCCGUCUUUGUCCGGAGUGAAAAGUCCAACGCGCUCGUCGGUGACGGCUUCCUCCAACCUGCGCCGCGCUCGGCGAACCUCGACAGCGCUUUCGCCUACUGUGCGGCUGUCACAGCUGUGACAGCGAUGGGCUCGCCCUCACUGGCCCUCAGUCACUUGUGCUGCGGCUUGGUAUUCGUAAACUGCUCAGACGAAAACUCACGGAUUUAA